AUGGAUACUGCGACGUCUACUAUCGUUCUUCGUGGCUUGACAUCAACAACUACUGACCGUGAUAUUCGACGUUCACUUGACAAUGAAAGAGCAAAAUACACUGACGUGCGUCUUGUUCGAGACAAAGUGACUGGGAGGUGGAUUGGAUUUGUGGAGUUUGCAUCAGUAAGUGAUGCUAAAGUGUUUAUGCGAGACUGUCAAGGAGAGAUUGAAGUUCGAAACACAGUAAUAAGACUCAGCUACAGUAACGCCAAGGAAAAGCGUGAUGAAGAGCGUGAUGACGCUUCAUCCACAAUCAUGCUGCGGGGUAUUCCUACGUCCUUCGAUCAUCGCGAUAUUCGUGAUGCUCUUGACGAAGCAAGAGUCAGCUAUCUGGACGUUCGAGUGAUAAAAGAUAAAACAACAGGUAUAUCGAAGGGCUUCGGUUUUGUGGAUUUCGCUUCUGUGCAUGAAGCAAGGCGUUGGAUGGACUAUCAAAAAGGCUUAUUUCGUGUUCGGCGCUACGAAAUACGACUGAUGUACAGUACUCCACGUAAUCAGCUGGAUUCAUUAAUACAUCAUCCGGCAGACGCGCCUGGAUUACUUGGCCCUUCAAGCUUUAUGGUCCGACCACCUUCGUUGUCUGAAGUUUCUACUGGGGACUGGAUCUGUUCAAGGUGUUCUAGUCACAACUUCAGAAGACGGGAUCAAUGUUACAAGUGCCAAUUACCAAGGUCUCAAGUGCAGUCCCUCACAAAUUCAGUUGAUGGUGUUGACCUCAUUGGUACAACUCCAUGCAACACUCUUGUCCUGCGAUGUUUGGACGCACUAACUACGGAAGACGAUAUUUGCCAAGUUUUUCAGGACAUAGCUGAAGUGAAGGUUCGCCAGUGUCAUGUGAUGAGAGAUGAAGUGACACACGCGUCCAGAUGCUUUGCGUUUGCAGAACUUCCCACGGUAGCUGAUGCGUACAAGGUCAUGGAUAUUGUGAAUAAGGAAUUUAAGCUUUUCGAGGUGGGAGGAAAAGCAAUCACUGUUUCUUAUGCAAAAAAUACUUUCAACACUAUCAUGGCAACAUUGAAAACUGAGGGAUCUUAUAAUGCACAGUUGAAUAGUAGUCGUAAUUUGGCUUUGGAUUUAGCUCAUGCAGCUAUGGCAGCACAAAAUAAUAAUAAUAUAUCACCUGAUACUGUGGCAAUGAAUGCAGUCGCUGCAUCAGCAUUACUUAGUCAGACUUCAAAUAAUGGAGCUGCUGUCGCGCAAGCAGCUAUACAACAAAAACAAACGGAACAGCAUGUUUUGUCGGCCCUUACAAAGUCUCUGCGUAAUCACACAGAACAUACAGUUUCGUCUCAGUACGCUCCGUCAAUGGCGGCCCUUGUGGCUACUGGUCAACAACUUCCACCUCCGUCUUUUCCUUUCAAUGCAGCAACAGCAUCGUCUACCACGUAUCCAUUCCCAGACACCUCAAAGUACAUAUAUGAUGAAUCUACUCGGUUUUACUAUGAUCCUGUAACUGGUUUAAUGUAUGAACCGAAUUCAAAGUAUUUCUAUGAUCGCGCAAGUCAACAAUACCAUUAUUGGGAUCAGACAAAAAGUACAUACCUUCCAGUACCACAGCCCGGUGCUACUGAUAACUCUACUUCUGGCUCACAAGCUGACGCUUCCGAUGCUUCCAAGAACAAAGAUGAUCGUGGUAAGACUGCUCAGCAGAUAGCAAGAGAAAUGGAAAAAUGGGCGAAGAAAAUGAAUGCUCAGAAAAAGUCAUCCUCCAAUACUACACAACGCACUGAUUCAACAUCCUCUGAGGCUAGCAGAACAGCAGAUACGGGUUAUGCAAUCUUAGAAGCCUCUGCCAGUAGUGUACUUGGAAACGAUAUGCGUACACCCGAAUCUACCAGUUUGGUUGCAGAAUACGGUGGUGUUGAGGACAGUGAUGACUCAGGCCAGGAAGAGUCACUUGGUGAAAAACAAGAUUCACUUGCGCCAGCAAAUUCCGAGGCUGAAGCGAAAGUGGCAGAGGAAGAAAGCAAACUGCUGGAUUGGGCUAAACUUGCGUGCAUGCUAUGCGCUCGAGGUUUCAAAGACGCUGCAACUCUUCAAAAACACAGAGCAUUUUCAGCUUUACAUUAUGAAAAUUUGAAUAAAUUGCGAGAUAAAUAUGGAUUACCGCCUAUUCCUGCUCCAACACCGGGUCAAAGUCAGGAUAAUGCGAACAGUGCUAAUGCAGCAUCGAAAAACCCACUUUCGAUAGCAUCUUUAAUGCAGAUAGGUGCACAAACAGCCAGUAAUCAUGCGAAAACGGUAGCAUCGAAACAGACUACUGGUCGACCAACUACUUCAGGACAAUAUCGUGAUCGGGCUAAAGAGCGUCGUGAAAAGUAUGGAAUACCAUCCCCCCCUAGAAUGAAGUCCACUGACAGUCACUCACCUACUGUACAGGUAGAGCCGGAACCAUUUGUUCUACCUAUUCCACUUCCUCCACAAUCUGCCCCAAAUGUUGGUAGUCGUCUUAUGGAAAAAAUGGGUUGGCAAGCUGGACAAGGUCUUGGCCGUAGUAACCAAGGUAGAACUCAGAUCAUAGAAGCCGAAUUCAGAGAAGCUGGUGUUGGUCUAGGCAUCAAGACAUCGAAACGUGGACCUCAGUCAGACAAUUAUAAAGACAACGUAAAACGAGCAAUGUUCGCCAGAUUUCAUGAAUUAGAAUAA